AUGGCCGCCCCGCUCCCUACCAAGCAGAGCACCCGCUCGAAGCUGUCGCCAGAGAACCAGCCCUUGUUUGACGUGUUCACGACCUACACCAACGGGUCUGGGAGGUCCAAGGACCCCACGCAGAUGGAUGGCAGGACCUGGGUGAAGGUCUGCAAGGACGCUGGCGCCGUCGGCAAGUCCAUCACCACCACUGACCUGGACCUCAUCUUUGCCAAGGUCAAGUCCGGCCCCUCCGCGAAGACAAUCUCCUUCAACGAGUUCAUGGAGGGCCUCCGGCAGCUCAUUGACCGCUCGAAGGGCGCCCUCGGCACGGUAGACGACCUCAGGAAGGCCAUCCUGAAGGCGAGCAUGAAGGGUCCGUCGUAUGUGGGGACGGUGCCGGAGGCGGUGCGGUUCCACGACGACAAGUCGCUGUACACGGGCGUGCACAAGAACGGCGGCCCGACGAACGUCGACAUCGGCACGUCCGACCUGAAGCACAUCACGAACCGCGCGGCUGCCGACGUGCGCGGCGUGCAGCUGUAG